AUGACAGAAAAACAAGAAAUAACAUUCGAUUGCAAAAUCUGUAACGAUGAUUUUGAUGAUGAAACACCCGAUUUGAUCCCUCGAAUUCUGACAAAUUGUGGUCAUACGAUUUGUGAUAAAUGUGCAAACCAAAUGCUGAUUAAAUCGAGAAUAAUUUGUCCUUUUGAUAGAAAAGUUACUGUUUUAGUCGGCGACCAUGCUAGCGGUCUUCCGAAAAACUUCUUUUUGGUGGGACUGAUUCAAGAACGCAAAAAACUUACUGAGUAUACCGAAUAUGUCCCAAAGCCUGGUGAUUUUGAAAGAAAAAAAGAAACAUGCAUCGAGAAUCCGUGCUUUCAAAAUUAUAAACAUAAAGCUGUUUUCUUUUGCGAACAAUGUGAUGAGGACUUUUGUGAAAGUUGCUUCAUCUCACUUCACCGCCCUAAAACGUUCGCCACUCACAAAAAAACUCUGAUCACAGAGAAACCGUUGAAAUUGCCACAAUGUCCUGAACACCCUUACAAUAUUGCAGACCUUUGGUGUAAAGACUCGAACUGUAAAGUUGUCGAGAAAAGGAUGUGUCACACAUGUUUAUUGGCCGGUGAGCACAAAUCUCAUGAGUACGAACUGUUGAGGGAUCGGAUCAGGAGUAAUGUAGAAAAACUGAAGACUGAAAUAAAAAAGUCAAAAGAACACAUUGAGACUUACAAAGCCAAGAAGAGGCGUCUCGAAAACUGUAUGGAAACGUACAAUGAAAAGAACCCCUUAUAUUUGGAAUUAGUACAGAUGAUAUCAAACCAGUUCGAAGUCAAAAAAGUGAAUGCUUUGGAACAACUGAGACUAUUUUCACUCAGAAGGCAGAAAUGGUUUUUGAAGGAUAUCGAUUUUACUAAGGAUAAAAUAGAGGGAUUUGAAAACACCAUUUCGGAAGCUGUCAAGAAACUGAGAAAAAACCUUCAUGAGGUUGCAAACUUGAAUUUACCAGAAAAGUUGCCCACAUUCGAUUUAUUGGAAUUAAAGGACUUUCACUAUUCACUAACAAAGGAAAUGGAGCUGACCAUAUCGAUAAAGGGAAAUAAAAUUUUGUAA